AUGACACUCCUUCACUCUUUUGUAGGCCUGAUUGGCCUUGGGGGAGCCGGCGCUGCUAGCUACCCGAGCAGCCCGAGUCUUGUUGCAUCUACCUACUUUGCGGGCUUCCAUGCCAAUCGCGGGUUCCCGGUGUCGGAUAUGCCAUGGGACAAGUUCACUGACGUCAAAUAUGCCUUUGCGGAGACAUCCCCCGAUGGAAGCCUGGACCUCUCACGUUCCGAGCCGGAUCAGAUUCCCGUCUUUGUCGAUGCUGCGAAGAAAAAUGGUGUGAAAGCACUCAUCUCGAUCGGCGGUUGGACUGGUAGCAGAUGGUUCUCUACUAGCUUUGGGUCUGCCAAGAACCGAACCGCCUUUGUCAACACUUGCCUCGAUCUUGUCAAGGAGCACGGCUUGGAUGGUCUCGACUUUGACUGGGAGUACCCCAACAGACAGGGCCUCGGCUGCAAUGCAAUCAACGAUGAUGACACUGCCAACUUCCUCGCCUUCCUUGAGGAGCUUCGCGAGCAGCCCGAGGGCAAGGAUCUCUACCUUACUGCUGCUGGAUCUCUGUUCCCUUGGAACAAUGCCUCAGGAGUUGCAUCGACUGAUCUCGACGGUUUUGCCAAUGUUCUCGAUUACAUCAUGAUCAUGAACUACGACCUUUACGGCGCGUGGUCUCCCACUGGAGGACCGAACGCCCCCCUCUCUCGGACCUGCGACUCUCGAAACAAUCAGGGUGCAGGGGAUGAGGCUGUUGAGAAGUGGUCAGCAGCCGGCAUCCCUUCGUCGCAGCUUGUUCUCGGUGUUCCUGCAUACGGGCAUGGUUUCUCGGUCAACAAAACAUCCGCCUUUGGAGCUAAUGGAAAGCUCAAUGAGUAUCCUCCUCAGAACUCAUCUCACCGCUUCCAGGGGAGCAGCUGGGAUUCGGAUCCUCCUGUGGAUGACUGUGGCAACCCUCAGCCUCCUGGGGGUACCUACACCUUCUGGAGCUUGAUCACUGAGGCCGGUUUCCUUGACAGAAAGGGAAAACCCGCACGUGGCAUCGCGCACGCUUUUGAUGACUGCAGCAAGACGCCUAUUGUGUAUAACGCGACGAGCAACAUCUGGGUUUCAUAUGAUGAUGCUCGAUCUUUUAGGGAGAAGGGAAAGUUUGUCAUUAAGCAUGGUCUCGGAGGGUUUGCGACGUAUGAAGCUGGCGGUGACUACAACAAUAUUCUCAUUGAUGCCAUCCGCAAAGCGACCGGAUUGAGCUGA